UCCUCCACCUCUUCUCCCCGUUCCCAGGAAAAAAAAAAUCCACUCUCUCUCUCUCUCUCUCUCUCUAUCUCUAAUUCCCGACCACAAAAAAUUUUCCGGCGAAAAACCCGACCCGAUCCAUGGACCCGCCCAGAUUCGUGAUCGAAGCCUCGGAGGCGGCGUCCCUGGCGAAGGACGCCGGCGUCUCCCUGACGGACCUCCUCCCCACCCUCGUCGGCGCCGCCAAGCCCCUGGCCCGCACCCCCAUCUCCCGCUACAACGUCGGCGCCGUCGGCCUCGGCUCCUCCGGCCGGGUCUUCUUCGGGGUCAACGUCGAGUUCCCGGGCCUCCCCCUCCACCACUCCAUCCACGCCGAGCAGUUCCUCGCCACCAACCUCGCCCUCCACCGCGAGCCCCGCCUCCUGGCCUUCGCCGUCUCCUCCGCCCCCUGCGGCCACUGCCGCCAGUUCCUUCAGGAGAUCCGCGACGCCCCCGACAUCCAAAUCCGGAUCUUCCCCGUCGACGACCCGGACCAGGAGGCCGACCCGGCUUUCGGCCCAUUGUCCCGCCUCCUCCCCCGGCGGUUCGGGCCGGGCGACCUCCUCGACAAGGAGAUGCCCCUCCUCCUGGAGCCCCACCACAACGGGCUCACCUUCCUGACCCGGAACCCGGGCCACGGGACCGCCGCCUGCAACGGCUUCUGCGACGGGCCCGAGGCCGACGACGACGACGAGCUCGCGGCCGCCGCGCUGGAGGCGGCGAACGCGUCACACGCGCCGUACAGCAAGUGCCCCUCCGGGGUGGCGAUCGUGGACCGCGACGGGAAGGUGUACAAGGGCUCGUACGAGGAGUCGGCGGCGUACAACCCGAGCCUCGGCCCCGUGCAGGCGGCGCUGGUGGCGUACGUGGCCGGCGGGCGCGGCGGCGGGUACGAGGGGAUCGCGCGGGCCGUGCUGGUGGAGAAGGAGGGCGCGGUGGUGCGGCAGGAGCACACGGCCAGGAUCCUGCUGGGGCUGGUGUCGCCCAAGUGCGAGCUCCGGGUGGUCCACUGCGGGUCGGGCUAGCUCGGGUCGGGCUCAACCGGCGAGACGGGUGGUGGGCUCCCCGAUUCUUGAAUCUUCAUGGUGUCGACCUGUAAUGGCGGAUGGAUCCGAGCCCCUGUUCUUGUUUCUCGGGGCCCUCCCCGAAAGAAAAGGAAUGAAAAAAAAAAAAAAAACCAAGUGUUGCUUGGAUCUGUUUCUGUUCCCUUUUCUUUCUUUUGGCUGAAUUAUUAUUAUUAGCAUGCUGAUCUCAGAUCAGCGCGAUGAAAAUGAAAUCUGGAUAUGAUUGCGGGAGGGGGACCGGAGCAGAUUAGAUUACAGUAUUAUAAUCUAUAAUUGUAGCUGUCUAGCAUAGGGAAAGAAAUCUGGCUAAGAAAGCAAGUCUUUUUU